GCGCAGACACAGUACACUUCCACGGCUGUAUCAGCAGUAGAAGCGGCAAGAGCGACAGCCCUAACUUUAAGUCCAACCAGCUCAAUCAAAGGCAAAACGUUUGAUCGGUUUGUAUCCAUAUGGCUCGAAAAUCAAGAUUACGACAUCGCAGCAGCGGAUCCUUCACUCAAUUGGAUCGCAAGCCAAGGCAUCACAUUAACUAAUUACAAAGCAAUCACGCACCCCAGCCAACCCAACUACGUCGCAGCCGUAGGAGGAAAUACGCAUUGGGUCUGGGAAGACUGGACCUUCCGCAUCGACAGCUCCGUGAAAACAAUCGCUGAUCUACUGGAGGUUGCAGGGGUCAGCUGGAGUGUGUAUCAGGAGGAUAUGCCGUAUUCUGGAUUUGAGGGGGAUUGGGUCAAUCAGCAGAAUGGCGCGAAUAUGUAUGUGCGGAAGCAUAACCCUUUCAUGAGUUAUGACUCUGUCACUUCAAAUACAGAGAGACUUGCGAAAUGCAAGAAUUUCACCUUGUUCUAUAGCGAUCUCAAGGCGAAUACUCUCCCGCAGUGGAUGUUCAUCACCCCGAAUAUGACAAACGACGGCCACGACACCUCCGUCACCACCGCGGGCGCUUUCGCAAAAAAUUUCCUUACUCCCCUGCUUUCAAACCAGAACUUCAUGAAAAAUACUCUCAUCCAACUUACAUUCGAUGAAUCUGAAAAUUAUUUUAAUGAUAACAAGGUCUUUACCGUGCUGUUAGGAGAUGCAAUUCCAGAAGCGUUGAAGGGGACGACGAAUGAUACUGCCUUCAAUCACUAUAGUAUCCUUGCUACGGCGGAGAGGAAUUGGGCGUUGGAGAAUUUGGGGGAGGGAGAUGUUGGGGCGAAUGCUUUUUGGUGA